AUGCUCGGAACAUCCGCAACCAAGCUCUCGCUGCUGCUCGCCUCGACCUCGGUCGUGGUGGGCGCCUCGCCGCUCCUCUCGGCUCGGCAGGACAGCACCGCUUCUGGCAGCGGCAACUCGUCUUCGCUGCCCACUUUCCCCGUCGGACUGGCCUCUGCGACGUGGGACGGCGAGCUGUUCUACCCCAAGCCGAUCGACGACUUUGAAGCGACCAAGUACGUCGGACCUCGACCCGAUGGCGACUCGAGGCCCGUGUGGUACCAGUGGGCGGCGAGCGAGCAGCCUUUCCUCAAGGGAUGCCGCUGCGUCUACGCCCGGUACGGCACCAACGAGAACGGCACCGUCUCGGUCGAAAACUCGUGCACCCGAGGUGACCGCGCGUCGAGCAUCAAGGGCUACGCGGCCCCGACGCCCGACUAUGGCGACGGCAGCUUCCAGGUCGCCUUCUUUGGCGCCAAGCCCGACCAGCGCGGACCCAACUACGUCGUCACCCGUGCGUUUAGCAACAAGCCGGGCGAGGACCUGGUGCGCCUGAAGAACGCCGACAGCCGCGACGACGAGGAGGACAACAACACCAAUACCAACAACAACACCAACUCGAACGACAACGACAACGACAACUCGAACGACAACGCCAACUCUAACGACAACGACAACGACAAUGACAACGACAAUGGCAGGAGGAAGCGCGACGAGGACGGCACCGACGACGACGCCGAGGAGGAGCGGUACGAGACCGUGAUUGUGGGCAGCCAGAACUUCUCGGGCUGGUUCCUGCUGAGCCGCACGCGCACCGUGCAGACCGACAUCGUCGAGGCCUACCUGCGCGAGGUGGCCGAUGCCGGCUUCGACCUGACGAAGCCCUACGAGAUCUACGACCAGGAAAACUGCGGCGCCGAGCCGCCGUACAACCCGGACGCCUAG